UAUACCUGUUUUCCUACCACAUCGGAAACCUCAUUUCAAAUCGAAAAUGUCUAAAGAUUAUAACGCUAACAGCUACGCCAGCCUGAAGUCCGCGAUCGAGAGCAUGGUGGACAUCAGCCUGGUGAUCAGUUACAUCCCCCAGUUAUUGGCGAUCACCCGGUCACCGGGCGGCGUGGACACAGGCGAGGAGAUUGCAAGGGUGGUGCUUAUUUCCAUCUGCAUGCUGUUCCAGACGGUUCUGCUGUGUAUAUUCGUCUAUCAGGGUUUCCAGCCCAAGAUCCAAAGCGACACCACCCGGGGGCCCCAGGUUCCCAAGGAAAGCUUCAUCUCGAAUUAUGUUGCCGCCGUCCUGGCCCUUCUGGUGAUGAUACUCAACGCCGCCAUCGCUGCUGUUGGAGGAAACCAGGCUUGAUUGCGCGGGGCUACCAUUGGAAAGGGAACCUUUAUAGCAACUGAGUUCAAUCUGGUCUCUAGUGUUUGUGCCAAAUGCAUCCAGGCGCUUUUGUCACGAAAUGCAGACUGUACACGGGUGUAAAAAGGUUCCUUCCUUGUGUGUUGUUGUUAGAAUUGAUUGUUUUUCGUGUGUCCCUACAAACUAAAAAUUAUAUCUUGUGAGUUUUAGUCUUUUGCGCACUGGUCGGGUGUGAAAAAUUCUUAUUUGUAGUUUUACUGGAGUUACCUGUGUGCCAGAUCUGCUCUUUUAUAAUCUGUGUGAAAAUUUCAACAUUAGGAUAUGUUUUCACUGCAGUUAAUGGUCGGUUUGCUUGUUUGUUUGUUCGUUUGUUAAAAGGUAAACCACAUUUAAGCGUGACACACUAGUUUUGUACCGUA